AAAGAAAGCAAAAAAAAAAAAACUAGCAAACAAAACAAAUGGAUAGAUAACCAAAGCCCCUCCGCCACCUAACGCUAAAACACCAACACCGCCACCGCCAUCUCCACCGCUUCUCUCUCCUUCAAUUUCAACUCUUUUUCUUUUUUCAUUGAACUAAAUUUUCGCUUUCGAAAAAAAAUUGUAGAGAAGGGAAUACAAGCUGAACUUUAUGCUCUUUUCUCUCUCUAAUUUCAGCAACUGCGAAAAAAGAAAAUAAAUUGAUUAUAAUAUUUUAAUAUUCAGUAAUGUAUUGGCUGUUGAAGUCUCUUCAAUCAGACGUUCCAUGUUCGCCCACGUCUUCACCAGAUCACAGUCGAACCAACCAUAACGGCGGCGUUAAGGACGAUCUUUCGGUUAUCGGUGAGACUAUCGGUCGCCAACUACGUGGAGUAGCCGCCUUUUUAGCGCCGCCUCCUUCUCCGCCUUCCGUCACCGCCGCCGAGCAAAGAGCAGAACAUGAAGAAGAAGAACUGUGGUCUUCAGAUAAGCUAGUUGGAAUCCGCAACGAUUUGGCGGAGAUCGGUGGGAGCUUCAAGGGCGGGCUUUCAUUGUUGUCAAGUAACAAAGCCGUGUCAGAGAUCUCCAAAUUCGCUUCGAGUUUCUUGCAGUUCCCGGAUCAAGAUGAUCGUGGUGGUCAUGAUAAAGAUGAAGAUGAUGAUCACGACGACGACGACGACGAUGGAGUGCCUGGGAUUACCGAUGAGGUGAUUGAAUUUGUUAAAAAAAUUUCCAACCGGCCGGAGCUCUGGACUGAUUUUCCUCUCUUACUAAAUAACGAUUUCAAAAUGUCUGAGAGUCAGAGAGAACAUGCUGAAAAUAUUGAACACCUAGUCCUGAGUUUUGAAGCUCUUAAGUUUAGCCUUCAGUAUAACAUGGGAGAGGAAAGGUUUUGGAUGAUAUAUUUCAUACUGUUGCUUCCAAGACUGAAUGAGCAUGAUUUUGAGCUUCUUUCAACCCCGGAGGUUGUUGAAACCAGAGAUGCACUUCUGCAGAAGCUGCAAAACAAUAAGAAUGCACAAACUGAGAACAGUAGUCUUGAUGCAUCUGAGGAGAGUGGCAAGUUUGGUGGGACAGUACAGGAGAAUGUCUCAUCUGAGGAGAGGGUCUGUGAAAUUGUAAAUGCAGCAGAAGGAUUAGAGAUUACCUCAGGUGAAGACAGCGCUGCGCAAUGGGUGGAAGAAGCAGAUAUUUCUAGUGGAAGUUCCGUGAGAGUCGAGCAUAACCUGGAACAUGAAGAGGAUGUUUCGUUCAGUGAUCUGGAAGACGAUGAUAAUUAUCAUUCUAAUAGAGUAUCCUUGCCUAAGUCGAAACAGCAUGACAAAGCUCCAUCCAGCGGAUCCAAUGACUGGGUUCAGCUGAAGAAGAGACCAGAAACUCGUGGUGAUUUGCAGAAAGCAGGCCUCUCGAAUUUCGAUAUAAAUACUCUGAAGGCGAGGAGUCAAAUGACUGGCUGACUGACGAUGAUUUCGUUGAUGUGGUAAGGGCUAAUUGAUUAUUGAUUUAUUGUAAAGUUUCACAAAUCCUUCUCCACCUCCAGAAAUUAUGUACUUGCGGAAACAAACUCACAUACUUGUGUUCUAAUAAAUACAGUCAACUCUAAACCUGAUACUGGUAAAAUUUGUUCAUGAUAUUGGUACAUUGAUUUGUAAAUGGUAGCUGCCAACUUAUCGGCGUUGGUUCUUUCAUUUUUUUCUCCCAUUUUCCUUU